AUGGCCCAAUACGCCGCCGAGAAACAGAUCGCCAUCGCCGCGGUCCGCCGCGCAUGCGGGCUCACCGCCUCCGUCUUCAACAAGAUCGUCAAGCAGGAGACCGUCACGAAGGAGGACUCGAGUCCCGUCACCGUGGGCGACUACUCCGCCCAGGCGGUCGUGAACACGAUCCUCAACCGCGUCUUCCCCGACGACCCGAUCGUCGGCGAGGAAGACGCCGCGGACCUGCGCGUCGACGCCGGCACCGCGCUUCGCGAGCGCAUCAUCCAGCUCGCGAACGAGACCCUCACCGCGCCCCUCGUCCCGGGCGAGCUCGCGGAGUGGGGGCUCGGCCCCGACCACGGCCGCACCACCGAGCAACUCCUCGAUGCGAUCGACCGCGGGAACUACAACGGCAGCAAGACCGGACGGAUGUGGACGCUGGACCCGAUCGACGGCACGAAGGGCUUCCUCCGCGGCGAGCAGUACGCCGUCUGCCUCUCGCUCAUCGUCGACGCCAAGCCCGUCGUCGGCGUCAUCGGCUGCCCGAACCUGCCCGUCUCGCUGGAGAACCCCGACGGCGUCCGCGGGUGCAUCUUCGUCGCCGUCGCCGGCCAGGGCGCGUACCAGCUGCCCCUCUCGGACCCAUUCACGGGCGCGGCGAGCAAGCUCAUCCUCCCGGUGACGACGCCCGAGACGCUCUGCUUCCUCGAGAGCGUGGAGAAGGCGCACGCGAAGCUCAGCUUCAACGAGAAGGUCGCCCAGGUGCUCGGGGUCACCAAGUCUCCUGUGCGCAUGGACAGCCAGGCGAAGUACUGUGCGCUGGCGCGGGGAGAUGGCGCGGUGUACCUCCGCAUGCCGGUCGGGUCGGGGUACAAGGAAAAGAUCUGGGACCACGCGUCGGGCGCGGUGCUCGUUGAGGAGGCGGGAGGUGUGAUCACCGACGGCCGUGGCAUCCCGCUCGACUUCGGACUCGGGAGGACCCUGGGCGAAAACUUCGGCAUCGUCGCCGCCGGCUCGGACAUCCACGCCAAAGUCAUCGCGGCGGUCAAGGAGGCGAGGGAGGCAGAGGCUGCUGAGACCAAGGCAGCGGAGCAUUGA